AUGUCCGUUGUUGGUCGGCCUGAUGCGGACCAGGAUCAAGGAAUGAGAACGCCGUGCAAGUCGCUGUGCGUUGUGGUGAAGGAUGGCGCUGAGGGAACCUCUUUAGGGUUGGCCACUUUCGAUAGCCUUUCCUUAGUGGUGGCCUCAACAGCGUUUGUGGAGCCUGCUAGUGGGGGUGGGAGGAACUUGGCCCUGUUGGAAGCGGCAGUCAUCCAGGCUGGGCCAGACGAGCGUGUCUUCGUAAGCGCCUAUGAUAAUGACAGCCAGAGCGUCACGGAAAAGGUCCUCGAGUUGUUAGAGCGCUGCGUUCCAAACGUGAAGGUCUCAGGGACGAAGAUGGUCAAGGACUUCUCUAUUGAAAGCCUUCUCUCGGAGGAUGAGGCCCGGAAGCUACCAGUCGACAAGCAAGACCUCGCCUCGCUGGCCAUGAUGACUUUGGCUUCAGCUCUCAAGCUCGCCUGUGAAUCCUCCUUCUAUAGGAAAUGCUCCUUGAGUCAGCUGAAGUGCGAUGCUUUCCUGAGGCUAGAUCAGGCAGCUCUUACAGCGCUGCAUGUACUCCCAUCUACCACAAGCGGAGUUGGACAGUCUGGAAAGUCCCUCGUGGGCCUAUUAGGAGCCUCUAUAAGGAGCAAAGGUGGGCAGCGAAGGAUCUUACAGUGGGCGAGGAAUCCUCUAGUGGAAAUAAAGGAAAUCCGCAAGCGACACGAUAUUGUUGGGUAUCUCCUCCAUUGUGACGCCUUGAGGAACUCCCUUCUACGGCGCCAUCUCAAGACAAUUCCUGAUCUCGAUCGGCUCCGCAUGAAGAUGGUGCAAGUGGCCUCCAGACAAGGAUGGGGUCAUGAGAAAAUAUCCCUCGAAGAGCUCGUCCGACUGUAUGAAUGUCUUGCGAGUGCUCAAGAUAUCGCUUUUGAGAUUCAGAACACGCCUGCGCCUACCCCUGAGGCCCAGGAGGCCGUAGAGGAACAAUUUGUAAAGCCCAUGAAUGCUUGUGUUCAUAGCUGUGAUCGCUUCAUGGACCUCAUGGAGAAGUGCGUCGACUUCGAAGCGAUCGCUAGAGACAGGGAGUUCAGAAUUCGAAGUGGGAUAACGCCUCAACUGGAGGAGCUGGCGGGUCAUAGGGAUGCCGCACGGGAGGAAAUGGAGGUCAUCAAACAGGAAGUGUCGAGGAAAAUUAAGACGGAAGCGAGGCUAGCUGAGGCUGCUGCGCCGCACUAUUGGUGUCUGAGGGUUCCUAAGAAACAACAGGCUAGUGUGGAGAAAACAAGAGCGUACAAGAAGGUGCAAAUCAACAAGGCAGAGUUCCUGUUCACAUGUGGACCACUGGAGCUUGCCGUCUCACGAUUCAUGGACGCCCAGAGCCGGUAUAACGAAGCCGCACGUGAUAUUCAGAAGCGCACAGUUGAGGUAGCGGCGACCUAUCACCCAGCAGUAGCUCGACUGGCUGAUGUUCUGGCGUCCCUAGAUGUCCUAUGCUCCUUCGCCUGCUGCGCUCUGACUCAUCGCAUGGUUCGAGCGGAGAUUGACGAUGCAACUCCUCCGGUGUGCAUUGACAUUGAGGGCGCGAGGCAUGUUCUAGUGGAGGAGGCGAGAAUAAACGGCGAUAUCAAAAUGGACGACGCUAUGGGAGAGUUCGUCCCGAAUGACGUUAAAAUGCAGAGAGAGGGUACGGGUCACAUGAAUGGAAAUGAUGGCAGAGUUAUGGUCAUCACUGGUCCCAACAUGGGCGGCAAGAGCACCUACAUUCGGACGGCAGCUCUCUGUGUGUUCCUCAAUCAGAUAGGGUCCUUCGUGCCUGCCCAGAGGGCUCGGCUGGGCAUCUUUCGAUCGAUAAUGUGUCGAGUGGGAGCGUCAGACUAUCAGAUACGCGGUGUGUCUACAUUCAUGGCAGAGAUGCUGGAUGCUGCUUCCAUAAUUCAAAGCGCGGAUGAAUACAGUCUGGUGAUCAUAGACGAGCUUGGCCGAGGAACAAGCACUGAGGAUGGCUUUGGGUUAGCCUGGCAUAUCACUAAGUAUAUUGCCGCUGAGUCUAAGUCCUUUGUGCUCUUCGCGACGCACUUCCAUGAGCUGGCUACACUUGCCUCCACGUUUCCUGAUGGUGUAGUCUCAAAUGCCCAUGUAGCUGCAGCUGUUGAUGAGCAUACUGGCAAGAUAACUUUCCUCUACUCUAUUCGCCCAGGCCCUACAACGCAGAGCUACGGCAUGAACGUCGCGAGGCUGGCCGGUUUCCCUGAAGACGUCGUAAUGUCAGCCGAAGCCCGUGCAUCAGGAUUGUCGACAGUUACCGACAAGGUUAUCAAGCAGCUGUUGUUGAGGCACCUUGCCGAAGUCUCGAAGAACCGCGACGAAUUCAUCGAGAAGGCGCAUCUUCUUAGGGUUUAA